AAACAUAUUAUUUUUUAGUAGAGCAGAGCGCACCGCGAUGUGUUGCAGUGUCGUCUGCAUUACACCGUUCACUUGUUGUAAUAUAAUAGUUGUACAAUUUUUUAUUCUAUUGCCGUAUUACUUGAAAGUUAAAGCCGCCCUGCCGCCUGGAGCUGAGGACGAAAUAAUCCUUAUUGAACAUCUUCCUGGACGACGAGUACACCUACAAGAUUUUUUUUGGACUGGUCUAGAAGACGCGCCACCAUGGAUAGAUCCAGAACAAACACUUACAUAUUACGAAACCCGUACUGUACAUCAUACAGCAACAGUUUACGUUCCCGGGGAAGAUGUAGGUCGAGAAAAAAACCCUGGAAGUGGAACUCACGAUCCCGGAUGUAUCUCUUGCAUAGAUCCCACUCCAACAUUGAUUGACCCUGACCAAGAAAUUGGUAUUUUUAUUGGCGAAGAUCCAGAUCCUAAAUACUGGCUUCUAACAGUACUUCAAGCUGGUGAAAAUGUACCGCCAAAAGUUGAAUUAAGAUUAGCUCGUUUGUACAAAGCUGCUUUUUCGCGUCAACAGCAACGACAUUUGGGACUUUUAAUAACAGAUCCACGUCUUCGAAGAGCUACCAAUAAACGACUUACGCAACAUAAUGAUUCUAAAUUAGCAUCAGGAGAAUCUAUGGAUACUCGUCUGAAAAAUGGGUCAAAAAGUACUUCUACAAUUGCAAGUACAAUAGAAACGACUGAAUCAAUAAUAGAAAAUAAUAAUACAGAUAAAAUUGAAUUUGUAAAAACAAUGAAGGAAAUUAAAAUUCCAAAUAAUGAAAUUAUUAAAGCAAUUAAUUUAAAUGAAAAUAAAUCAACUUUUGAAAAUAAUGAAGAAAUAAAAAUAAAAAUUACAACUGCAAAUUUAGAUAAAGAAUUAUUAGAAAAUACAAAAUCAAAAGUUAUUUUAAAUGACGAUACCUUAGAUGUUAAAUCAACUGAAACAUCUUUUAAAAAUAAUAAAUCGGAUUUAUUUAUGGAAAAAAUAGUCGAGAGUCCACAAGCUUUAAGAUCAAAUCCAGAACAAUUUUAUGAAGAUUACAAUGAAGAUGAUUUUAAGCCAAAUACUAAUAUUAAUACGAAUUUAAAGACUGAAUCUCAUAAAUUAACUUUAAUCAAUAAUACAAAAUCAAACACAACAAAUGUCGAUAUUAAUGAUGAAAAUUUAGUUAUAGUCAAUAAUCAAUCUUUAUUAUCACCUGUCCAGUUAAAUACAUCUAGCUUAAAUAAUAAAACAGAAAAUUAUUCAUCAAGUUCAAGAUUGAGGACCGCAGGUACAGGAAUUGUUCAAGUUAAAAUGCAAAAUACAACAGUACAACGUGAUGGAUCAACAAAGUUAAUUUAUUCUGUUCAUUUGGGUGGAAAACCUGUUCCUGCUGAAACUGCAGCCAAGGAUAUGGCACUUCUAUCUUCUCAAGAAGUUGCUUUAGAGCUCGGUGCACCGGUUAUCAUUCAAAGUGAACCCUAUUUGAAAGAAACUAAACCACUGGCACUUUCAAGAAAACCAGAAGUUUGGCUGUUAGUUGGUACCGCAGGAGCAACUGUUUUACUUUUAACGUUGAUAAUCAUCGGGAUUAUUUUAAUUGCUAAAAAGAAAAAAGUUCAUAGUGCAGUUUCUGUUCCUCCCCAUCAAAGUAUUUUGAAAAAAGAAGCUGGAUACACAGCUUCUACUCCAGGAUUAGAUAAUACUGGAUACACAUCAGAAACAGAAGGACGUACGGAUGGUACCAGUCAGAGACAGACACCAGGAAGUUUUUCUCGAACUCCAGGUACACCUAUUACGCCCAACACUAUUGACGACGAUAUACAAGAAUUGUCGAGCGACGAGGAAGAAACUAAAGAACAAAUGCAAAAUUCUUGGGAUAUACAAGAGUAUGCAACUUUACAAACAAAAUCUAGAAAUGGAAGAAAACGAAUAACAAAAAUGAAUGCUAUUGAAACAUUAGACAGUCCAGAUUCGAUGGAGACGGUAGUUGAUUGUAAUGAAAGAGGUGAAUCACUAGAAAAUGGUUAUAUUCAUCACUUAGAAGAAACAGCUUCACCGCAUUCUUAUUUAUCAAUGCCGCCUUGCAAAUUAUUUCCAAGCAUGAGAAGUGUUGAGCCGCUUUCUAGGAUAUUAGAACCAGUUGUGGUCAGACAUUUAGACAUGGAGUUUGAAACUCCUGAGAUGACGAGACGGGAGAAUGGCUUUGUUAAUAGAAAGUUAGGAGAUGAGUCACUAGGACGAACAAGGAGUGCUGUAAAGGAUCCAGGAGUUGUUGGGCCAAUUGUUUGGGAUCUUAGAAAACAACGAGCGGUUGAAGAUCUAAAUUAUUCUCGCAGAAAACGCGAGUACAGAAAUGGACGUAGAACGGCAACUUCCGUCGUCGGGUCCGGUGGGUCGAGCCAGGAGAAGACUUCACGAGCUUCUAGAGGAUUCAUUCAGUCUCUUCACCACAAAGGACAUAAAAAACAAAGAACAAAAUAUCGCAGUAUCUUCACAUUCAAACGGAAUUUUACACGAUCGUGUUACGAUGUGUUUGGAAUCGAAAGAGAAAUGUACACUCGUCAGUCCGGCCGCAAGUCCAAUGAUACAUUCGAAGACGCGUCCACGGACUUCUCUACCACGCGAUGUACUCGAAGAAUCAAUACCGGAAACCGGAAACACGAGCAUACAAACAACACGAGGGGCAUGGGGAUCGAGGCCAAUGAGUGCAGGACCGUUUCAUCGCCCGAAUUUACCAGAAGUAAACGUAACUCGCGUGCUCGCGGAUACUCAUCUAGCUCCGGAUGAUCCAGCGGUUCCACUGAUUGCUGCUAUUCGAAAAGAAUUAGAAAAAUUUACCCCAGAUAAAAUUUAGAUUCAUUUAAUUGUGGAUAAUCAUAGUUAAUAUUAAUUAGGUUUUAAGUCUCAACACCUUUAAUUUUUUUAGUUUUAAUUUUUCAUUUCAUUUACUUCGAUCAUUACGUACUUGAAUAUUUUUAUUUUCUCAGACAUGUAAAAUUUCAGCAUAUUUUUUUUUAAAUUUAAUAUAUCUAUUAAAAUAUUUUUUGUUUUAAUUAAAAAAUAAUUUUUACAAAAAUUUUUAACAUUUAACUCAUUUUUAAUUUAUUAAAGUGCAUGAAAUAUUUAAUUUUGAAAGAAACAAGAUGUUGAGACUCUAAAGAUAAAUAUUUUAUCAACUCACCCAUCUAGAUAAAUUUAUUUAUGAACUAGUCUUAUUUAUUCAUUUAUGAAUUUUUUAUAACUACACUGUAAAAAAUCGCUAAUGUAUUCUGAGUGAUUACGCAUUUUAUUUAAAUUCGAAUUCACUCCGUCACUCGGAGUUCCGGAGUUUUGAAAAAAAAAUCACUCUGCACACGGAGUAAAUAGGGAGUUGCUUUUUUCAACGCAGUGAUGUAUAGAUUUUACUUAAAUCCGCAUUCACUCCGAUUCGGAGUUUUAAUAUUAAGAGGGAUCUGAAAUUUUUUCUCUACACGCAAAAAAAUAAAUAAUACUCUCUAAAAAUGAAUCAGUGAAAUUCACUCCAAAUUAGUGAAUAUUCACUGGGAACCAGCUAUAAGUAUACCACUGGUUGAAUUAGUGGUAUACUUAUAGCUGUAGGAAUAGUGACUAUCCACUGAUUCACGAGAAUUUCACUAAUUCAUUUUUAGAGAGUAAAUUUUAUUCGGAUUUUCACUGAUUUUUAUUGUUUGAACAAUAAACCCGCAUCAAAGAAGGUAACCCGGGAAGAAAUGAUCAGACCUAAUCAGACAUGAAAAAUGACCAUGCCUGACCAGGUAUGUUCAUGUCUGUUUAUGCUCAUCCGGAUAAAAAAAUUAUAGAUAAAAAAUGGCCCUAUAUAAUUAUAUAUAAUUAUGUAUAACUAUAUAAAAUUAUAUAUAAUUAUUUCUAUAAAAAUUUAAAAGAUUCGGGCGUGUGCAGGAUUUGAACCGUGGAACUCGCGCUCGAAAGUUUAACCCGCUACCCGCUGACCUAAGAGAUUGACUUUAAAAAUGAGUUUCGUAUGAAGUUGAAGUAAUAAAAAUCUUAUACGUGAUAGAUUUUUAGUCAACAAAAUUUUAUAUCUAAUUUGUUAAUUAUUGAUUUACAGUUAUAUGAAAUUAUAUAUAAGUUAUAUAUAAUUAUAACUGCGUUAGCUAUAUAUAAUUAAAACUAAGUGAGUUAUAUUUAAUCAUAACUAAGAUUUUAAAUUUAAUCCCAUAUAUCAGGCUGGAUCAGACAUGAUCAGGCAUGGACAGGCAUGAUCAGGUCUGAUCAUUUUUUCCUGGGAAUUUAUAAAUAAUAUAGUAUUGAAAGCGAAAAAGUAUAAGAAUGAUUCUCUUCAAUAUAUCGACAUGAAAAAAAAAAUAGCUACUCUUGGUCUUUAAAUUUUAUUGUUUAAAAUGACAAAAUACGUCAUCUUGCCAUGUAGGUAUAGUCGCAUCAGUAAUACUUUAGGUUAAUUCUUUCACAUACAUUGGAAGCCCACAAACACAAGUAAAAUCUUAUUGUUUCAAACUAUAAAAACUGAAGCGCUUAAGAUAUACUUUCUACAAUUUGAAGAACGUAAUAAUUAUUUAACGUUAUAUAUAAAACCAAUUACUCGACAUUGAAAAUUUUAUUUAUCAUACUCAAUGCUUUUUUUACUUUUUUUACUCUAAACUUCAAUGUUCUAAACAGCGAAUGUUUAGUAAGCUGAAACGUUUAAUUAUUAUAAUUUCAUUUUUUUAUCUACCAAACAGUAAUUUCUAUCACUUGUAACAUGAAUUAUUUACACAUAAACUUUAAAUUUCAAUAUUUAAAUUAAGAUUAUUAUAAUUUAUUCUAUAAAACCACGAAAUUCCUGUUCGAAAUGAUAUUAAAUUGUGACCACAUUCUAAAUUUUUAGCUAUCAAUCAUUGAUUUUUUUGCAUAUAUCACAAUCAAGUUUACGUUUUUCUCUUAAAAAAAUGAAUAUUUUUUAAAAAUGAAACCGUAGAUGCUAAAUUAUACUUAUGCAUCGAGCCUCGUUCUUAAUUUUGUGUUUAGAAAUUUCGUUCGAAAGAAAAGCCUGGACAAAAAUUAUAUAAACUCCUAGGAAGUGAAUUUUACUCCAAGGGGAUUAAAUAAAUAUGUAGUCAUCCGCUCCAUAUUCACUCCGUAUUUAAUCCGCGUUCACUCCGCAAAUUUUUUUUACAGUGUAUCGUUAACAGAAUAAAAUAAGUCGAAAAAUUACCAAUUCAUAAAACAUGUAACAUUAAUUAUCAACAGUAUUCUACUAAAUAUUAUAGAUACUUUAAUUGUUAUGUAUAUAUUUAUAUAUUUCGUUAAAAAAAUAAUUAUAAUUUUUAGUAUGAAUUAUUUCACGCUUGUACUGAAUUGUGUUAAAAAAGUAGUCAAUGAUAUCAUUAAUCCGUCCUAUAAUAUAUUUACUAUAAAUUUUUUAUGGUACAAACUGACAGAAAGAAAAUAACAAAUUUUGAAAAUUUAUAUUCAUCAAAAUUUAUACGGUACAAUAAAAAUAAAAAAAAACUAUACAAACAUGUAUAUAUAUAUAUUUAUAUAAAUGUGUAAAUUUAUUUAAUGCAAAAUUUAUGAUGUCGAGGCCGUCCUAUUUUUUAUUUUCUCUAGGGAAAAAUAAGAGACAGUAUGAUGGUAGUAAAGAAGAAGAGAAGUUGGCUCCGUUUACAGAUUGAAAUUAUUUUUGGAGUUGCUCGGAGCUUCUAUAGUUCGUCUAAAUCUGUAUUGACCAAUCGUUGUAGUUUAUAAUGCUGAUCACGUGGCAUAUCAUGUCAAAGAUUCAAGAGAUUCUAGGGCCGUGAAAAAAUAAUCUUUAGUGCAUUACAGUCUGCUGCUUAACUUUCAGUAGACUAGUCACAUACCCAACUUAUUUAUUUUCCGCUCCAGGAAUUUGAGCAAAAUCAAGAGUCUUUGCCAUGGCUGAUGAUGAGG